AUGGACAUUUUUACGGAGAGACAAGUUAAGUUAAGAAAAAUAAGCCCUAACAAGCAUUUGCAAAAUAGUUUAUCGAUCAUUUACUAUUUGGGAUUCUGGUCGGAAUGGGCUAAUUUAAUAUUUCUGUUAGGAAUUACUAUAGCAAGCGAAGUCAUGUACUUUAUUAUAAAUUGGGGAAAUCUAGAGCUAAUGAUAGCCGCUGCAAGUUUGCUUAUGACAUAUUCUACGUAUGCCGUAAAGGUAAUUUAUAUUAUUUGUCAUCAUAAACGUGUCAAAGAUCUUAUCGAUAUGACAAACAUCGAAAUGUUCAAUCGAGAUAACGAUAAAUACGAACGCGUCAUAACAUAUUAUACUUGGCAAGGAAUUUUUCAUCAUAUUGUUUAUCAAAGCUUUGGUGGCAUAGCUACAAUAUCUUGGGGAUGUACUCCAGUAUUAUAUCUAGUCAAUGGAGCAUCUAAACAAUUACCAUUAGUGGGAUGGUUUCCUUACAAUGUAACAUCUACACCAGCUUUCGAAAUUAUUUCUUUGCAUCAAUUUAUGGUUGUCCUUACAAGUUGCAUCAACAACGUAGCAAUAGAUACUCUUAUAACAGGCCUUAUAAUAACUGCUUAUUGUCAAUUAACAAUCUUAAAUUAUAAUAUUUCUUCAAUACAUUGCACAGUAGAGAAAGAAGAUACUAUAUUAAGUGAUAAUUUUGGUAUUGGAACAUCUACUUUAGAAAUUUACAAUAAAUUAUAUGAAGAUUUGAAACAUUGCGUGAAACAUAGUAUUAUGAUAUUUGAUUUUUCAAAACAAAUCCAAAAUAUAUUUGGUAUUUUGAUAUUUUUGCAACUUCUAGUAAAUUGUAUUACUAUUUGUCUAAUAGCAUUCAACAUAUCGCAGAUGAAAAAUUAUGCACCAUCUGAGUUAUUUGGCACAUUAUUAUAUAUGUGUUGUAUGACAUAUCAAAUCUUCAUAUAUUGCUGGCAUGGAAAUGAACUAUAUCUUCAUAGUAUAAAGAUAUGUUUAUCUGCGUAUGCAAAUAAUUGGUGGAAUAAUAACAAGAAUUUUAAUCGUUCUUUACUUAUCAUAAUGACAAGAACUCAAUGUCCUCUUAUUAUAACUGUUGGAAAUAUUAUGGAUUUAUCGUUACAAAAUUUCGUUCUAUAAUUCUACUACCAGAUGCAGCCAAUGGAUGUCCAAGAGCAAUAGCCCCACCAUCUACAUUUAAUUUAUUAAUAUCUAAAUCUAACUCUUUAGCACAUGCUAAUGUUUGA